UUCAUUCCACCUGCUUCCCACCUCCCUCCAUGUCUGAAGAAGCCACUUACGCUGUUGUGAACUUCCCGAAGACCCAGGAGCCUGACCGAGGGGAGACCAAAGUGGUUCCAGGAGGAGUGGCCAUUCGCACUGUGCACAUCACAGAAGGAUUAGUCCAUGACCCAGAAGAAAUCACUUACGCUGAUCUAAACAACCAGAGCUGGGGAAAGACGGAGACGAUCCGGGAGUUUGACCAAGCGGAGACCAGAGGGCUGCCGAUCAUUUCCCAAAUAUGGGUCAGAACAGCUUUGGGUUUGACUCUCCUCCUCCUCCUGCUGCUCUUCAUUGGACUAGGCAUCUUGGGGAGCGUGAUUCAUAAACAGCAAAAUGUCCAAGAAGAACUUCAGAGAAACGUGUCCCUACAGCAAAUGGGGAUUGUCAACAGUUUUGAGAAGAUCCAGAACCUCUCUAUCACCGUGCAAACCCUGGCCACCAGGCUGUGUCAGGAGCUACAGGAAAAAGAGCCAGAGCACACAUGCAAUCCCUGUGCGCAGAACUGGAUCUGGCAUGCAGAUGCAUGCUACCUUCUACAUCGCAUUUCUGACACGUGGCAAAACAGCGUAAAGUCAUGCGCCGACCGCAACGCCAGCCUGCUGAAGAUUAACCGCAAGGAUGCCCUGGAUUUUGUAAAGCCCUUGGAGUUAUACAACUAUUGGCUUGGAGCAUCUCCUAGACAACAUAGCACAUACUACCCUGUGAAAGUGGAUGACAAUAUUAUGUCUAAUAUCUGGUUGGAAAGCAGCCUGGCUGACAUAAAUAAAAUGUAUUGUGGAUAUUUGCACCAAACAUACAUUUAUUAUACUUCUUGUAUUGCAAAGCUAUAUGCAAUGUGUGAGAAAAAGACUGCUCAGGUAAAGGAAGAGAGCGUGCUAGGCGAAAGUCCAAGAUGAAACCCUUCAUUGGUUAAAAAAAAAAAAUGAUUUUGCUUCAGAUUAACCCUGCAAUUGGAAGGACCUUGAUGUUAACAUGCAUCUCCUGGAUCA